GUCAACACAACUGGCACUGCUAAGAGUAUCCUACGACUUCCACAAGGCUGGUAACGAGUUAUAUGGAAUGCUGGUGACUACUUUGAAGCAGAAAGGAAGCAUACGGUUCGCAAGCAUAGUUCAACUGAAAGCCUUCUUCCUGCUACGUGAUCUGUCUCACCUCCACGAGCUUCAGUAACUGAGGCCUCCAGGGGCUCCGAGGGCUGUCGUACAAUACUCGGUAGCGCCUAAGCUGGGAGCUGAAGCCCCGACCACAGCGCCACCUGGAGGACGACCGCAGCGGCUGCCGCCAUGGUGGACUUCGGCAAUACGCAGAAGGACCGCUGGGUGUGUCCCAACGACCGCCAGCUCGCGCUCCGAGCCAAGCUGAGGACGGGCUGGUCGGUGAAGACGCAGUCGCUGGAGCAGUACGGCGGCCAGGCGGACAACCCGUCGCUGAGCGAGCAGGAGCAGGAAACCAUCCUGCAGGUGAUCCGCCGCGCCGAGAUGCUCGACCUCACCGAACAGGAGCGCGUCGGACGGCUGGUGGAGCGUCUGGAGAACAUGAAGCGCAACGCGCUGGGCAACGGCACCAGCCAGUGCGUGCUCUGCGGGGAGACGUUCGGCGUGCUGGGGUCGCCCAGCCUCAUCUGCCACGACUGCAAGAAGGCCGUGUGCCAGAAGUGUGGCUUCGAGACGUUCACCGCUCACAAGGAGCCCAUUUCACUCUGCAAGAUUUGCUCUGAGACACGAGAAAUGUGGAAGAAGUCGGGCGCCUGGUUCUUCAAGGGCUUACCGAAAUAUGUACUGCCAGAGAAGAAGACGAAAGACGGUGGUGGGAAGUACGGAGUGCGCAGAAUACAAAGGCCAGGCCUCGAGAAGAACAGCUGGUCGCGAGCUGGCAGGCAAGGCCACAAAGGCGGCGCAGACGCGGAGGAAGAGAGCAGCUCGGAGGAGGAAGUGCCGAAGAAGGCGUACGCGCCGCGCACCAGCAUCCUCGACUCGGCGCCGACGGGCCCGCCGCCUACCGACACGUCGGGCUCCAACAGCAGCUCUGGCACCCGGCAAGGCAGUCUGGCCGCGGGUGAGCCUAGCCUGCGGGCUACUUCUCCCGGCGUCCCGUCUCAGAGAUCAGAGUCCCUAUCACUGGCUAGUGACGGAGAUCUUUCGGUAGGGCAGCCGGGCAGUGACACUCACCGUGCAAUGGCAUACCUUGGUGCUAGCACAGAUUUUUAUCAAUCUGAGACCGCAAGUAUGUCCAGUGUCAUGUACAGCAGACAAAGCAGCAUUAACCAGCCAGAAAUUAUGCGACAGCAGAGUUUGAUGGGAAUGACAACAAAUUCUUUCAGUGCCAGUAAUUCACUCUGGGAGGCAACAAUUCCAAACAGUAUUACAGAGGGACCUGAAGUCGCACCCUAUUCAGCCCAGCGUUCUCCAAGUUCCAGCCACAUGAGGAGGGACUCCCAGGCCUCAAGCACAUCACGGGACUGGUAUUUGUCAGAUGACAGAACAUCCAUAGGUAGCAGUUCUGUUAGUGGUCAGCACACAUCAAGUACUACCGGUGAUACAGCAGAAGAUUUUACUGACAGUACAGGAGAAAAUGGUAAUUACAACCACAAGAGGACAAAUGAAUGA